AUGUUAAUAAAUUAAAUAUUGGUUAAGUUUAAAUUUAAACUAAAGUGGAUCAGCGUAUUUCUAGUUCUAUUUUUUUUAUACUUUAAGGUAAUUUAGGUAAAAUAACAAUAUAUAAUUCUUCUAGAUUCAACUCUUGUAAUUUACUCUAAGAGAGAUUUAAAACUUUAAAUUUAUCACCAGACUUGUAAUGCAAUCAUGUAAUGCAAUAAGAAGUUAUUCUUUAAAGCUUAGACUUUUACAUCUAUAACAGGGGCUACACUUAAAAUUUCUAGCUUUUAUUAUACUUUUAUAAAAUUACUUUACAAUUUCAAAACCCUUAACUUUUAAAUUCUGAAAAUUUCGUUAGGCC